UCAGCAAUCGGGCUACCUGUGGUUGAAUACGUAGCCGCGCCUUGAAAAUUCAACAUGGCGACCGAACAGCAAACUAUAGAGAUCAGCCAACUUUCUUUGCCGCACCUCGAGGCUUUGCGGAACCAAGUCGAAGAGGAAGUCAAGGUUCUGAGUGACUCAAUGACACAACUGAAGCUGGCUCAACAGAAAUUUGUGGAUUCGAAGGAAAAUGUCGAAAAGCUUACCAGUAAAGGUCCAGGUAAACAGAUACUGGUACCUUUGAGUGCUUCCAUGUAUGUUCCGGGAACUUUAGAGAAUGUAGAUACUGUGUUGGUCGAUAUUGGUACUGGCUACUUUGCUGAGAAGAAUCUUAAUGAUGCAGCUUAUUAUUUCCAAGGGAAAAUAGAUUAUGUGACAAAACAAAUAGAAAAGCUUCAACCAAUUCUGAUUGAGAAGCACAAAAUGAGACAAGCUGUUGUUGAGAUUUUUAAUGUAAAAGUCCAGGCACAGCUUCAGCAAGGCCGCAAUGCUGUCUCUGCAUCCACAUAGGAAAGAAGAUACUAUUUAGAAUAUAAUAUCACAAAUAUCUGUUGCCACGAUUUCAAGUGCUGGUAAUACCCUGGUACAUUCGAGAGCCUUUAAAGGCUGAUUCAGACAGCACGAUUUAGUCAUAUAUGACCUGCCUUCCAAAUGUCUUAGCCCUGAUCUACACCACAACAUCAUAGUCAAGUGUUGUAGUGUGUAGGCCUGGAAGAGGUGUUUCAGCCAAGUUGCAUGCAACUAAAUCGCACUGUCUAAAUCAGCUGUAACACUGUUUCAUAAAUAGUGUAUUCCAAGUAAACCAAAUUUUUUUGUCAACUUCUUUUGCUAAACUAUAUUUUAUUUAUUGUUUGUCUUCACAUUUUCUAGCAAAAUUUCCAUUUGAUGUAACAUAAUUUCAGUUAUGAUAAAGGAUGCUUUUUUAUGUUUUAGGAUUUGGUUAGCAUGUAACAGCUUUUUUUAGCAAUAUAUAUUGGAAUAAAAAAAGUUUUUUUUCGUCA